AUGAACUCACUAGCUAUUGUCAGUCUACUCGCUUUAUUGCCUGUUUGCUUGACUACUAACUGUUACGUAUGUAAUCCUGGCUCAUCAGGAUGCGAUCCAUUCAGUUCAGGUGGCGCCGGUGUAUCAACGACUUCAUUAUAUACAAACUGUUAUAAAGUCACUACUGGAUCUGCCUCGGGCACCUACCGAGGCGGUUCUAGUGCCUGUUCAGCUUCUAGUGGCUUAUUAUCGACUUGUUCGGCUUACAUCAACUGCUAUUCAUGUUCAUAUGGAACAGAUGGAUGCUUUCAGUUUUCUGUAAAUGGUCGCGGUAUAUCUGUCUACAGUAAUAAUGUCUGCGUUAAAUUCACUAAUGGAACUUCGUUAACGACCAUUCGAUAUCCGUAUUACACUUGUCCAGGUUCUAAUGAUGGAACUGUUGGUACAUUCUGCUGUAUGACGGACUAUUGUAACGGAGUCACAAGCAAAUAUCAAAUAUCAAGUCUCUUCCAAUUUGUUCUUGCUGCUGUUUUGGUCAAACUUCAACUGAACUCAGUUGUGGCAUUGAAUUUUUAUCUAUAA